GUACUUCAGACGCGUGCACGCAUUUCCUGUAAAAAGUGAAUUUUAGUGCAAAAAUAGUUAAAAAUACAGGAAAAAAAUUGCACGUGCGAGUACAGCAAAAUUUUUACAACGCGGCAGUACAAUUUUUACGCUUGGAUGUUUAGCUGUGAUGUGGAUAUUUUGUGAUUAAAAAUUUUACCCAUCUGAGAUGUCUCAAACAUGAAUGAAGGUAAUUCAGCAGGAGGGGGGCAUGAAGGGCUAAGCCCGGCCCCUCCUGCUGUGUCAGACCGUGUCAAGUUACAACCAACGGAUAAAGCAACAGGAACAGCGCCAAAAUCAACACACAGUACAUCAAACAAUAAUAAAGCUACUGCAACAAACACAACAGCUACAACGCAGCAUCAAAAAGGCAGUAAACAACAACAACAGCAGCUGCUCAGUGCGCAGCUGCCUGUGCCGCUGUCGAAGUUGUCGACAGAGGCAACGGCAGCCGCAACACAGACAGCAGCAGCGUCUCAUAUCUCUGAAGCUGUUUUGGGCGCUGAUAACACAUCGCCACCGCAAUCCAAGCGUCAGCGCUUAGAUAAUACGGAUAACAAAACGGUGGGCGAAAGUAGCAUCAGCAGCAGUGGCGCCAGCGGCAACGGUAACAAUAUUGUGGGCGCUGUUAGCAACAACAUUGUGGGCUCAUUACUGCCAGUUUCUGUUGUUGCCAGCAGUGAAGUUAGUGGUGCUGCUUCGUCGGCACUACACGACUCGAAUGCGCUCAGGAAGCGCAUACUGCAACACAAAUUUCUCAUUCUGCGUAAUCUUAAGGAAAGGCAUUUUGAAAAUGUGUCGGAAUACUUUUAUUUGCAAAACGGUGGCAGUAUGAUGGACUACCCCACGUGGCGUAAAAAGACACGCACACCGCAGUUCAUUAGCUAUAGCAAUGCGAAUCGUAUCGAUCAGCUGAUACUUGAAGAAAAGCCAAGCACAUCUGCUGCCGCGGCAACAGCAUCAGUAUCUGUGUCGCAAACUAUUAAGUUAACAUCUUCUGCAACAACAAUAACAACAGCAGCAACAACAACAAAUGCAGCUACUACUACAACUACAGGCACAACUGGCGUACAGUUAGACACGUCGGAUAGCAGCACAGUUAAAACGAAUACGCAAUCUCAAUUGCCAACAAAAUUGGGCAGCAGUCACACAGCUACAUCAGCGGGAAGUCCAGGCAACAGUGCCACUACAUCAUCAACCACAGAUUCAAGCGGCAAUGCGCUGCCACCGGAGGCUGAAAUUAAGAUACCAGCAGUGGGAGCAACUCCUGUGGCUGUUUCCACAAAAUUACCUGCCGCCGUUGUGCAGUUGACGCAGCAAGGUCACAUACCCGGUAGACCUUUAGGAGGUCGUCACGGUAUGGUCUUCGGUCAAAUACCCGCGCCUCCUGCCGUAGGAAAUUCUUCUGUACCUUUGGUGCCAGGUGGCACUCCACUGUUGCCCUCAACGCCGCUGAGACGCGCUAAUUCACAGCAAAAUGCAACUGGAGCAGCAGCAGCAGCGAGUGGAGCAGCGACCACAAACAACUCUGUGGUUGCAGUCACGUCCACGCCCACGUUUACGGGCGGCAGCAAUGCGCCACUGACACCCAGCACACCUAACUCUGCUGUCGGCAGUGGGAGCAUACUGAGUCCUUUGGCUGGUGGUGGCGGUGGCACGCCAAACAGCGCGCAGGAGUUUUCAUUUAAGGCCAAACAGGAGGUUUACGUUAUGCAGCGUAUAUCCGAAUUACAGCGAGAGGGAUUAUGGACUGAGCGGCGUUUGCCCAAGCUGCAGGAGCCCAGCCGCCCCAAGGCACACUGGGACUAUUUGCUCGAGGAGAUGGUCUGGCUUGCAGCGGACUUUGCCCAAGAACGCAAAUGGAAAAAGAAUGCCGCCAAGAAAUGCGCCAAAAUGGUUCAAAAAUAUUUCCAAGACAAGGCCAAUGCGGCGCAGCGUGCGGAAAAGGCGCAGGAGCUGCAUCUGAAACGUGUCGCCAGCUUUAUAGCGCGCGAGGUGAAGAGCUUUUGGUCGAAUGUUGAGAAAUUGGUCGAGUAUAAGCAUCAGACAAAGAUUGAAGAGAAGCGUAAGCAAGCGCUGGAUCAGCAUCUUAGCUUUAUAGUCGAUCAAACGGAAAAGUUCUCGCAGCAAUUGGCCGAGGGUAUGAACAAAAAUGUGGCCGAAACAACGCCCAGCCUAACUUCCAGUCGUCUCACCUCGCCAAAGCGUGAAUCUGAUGAUGAAUUCAGGCCUGAGUCUGGCUCGGAAGAUGAUGAGGAGACGAUUGCCAAGGCCGAGGAGGAGGCAGCCGAUGUUAAUGAGGAAGUCAAAGCGCUUGCCAAGGAAUCUCAAAUGGACUUUGAUGAUUUCCUCAAUGACCUGCCACAAGGUUAUCUCGAGAAUCGUGAUAAGCUGAUGCUCGAGGAGCAGAGCUCAUCGAAAAGUCCCGCAGAUGCAGAUGGUGAGGCUGACGAAAGUGAUGGUGAAUUCGAGGCAAAAGAAGCAAGCGAUGAUGAUGAGAAUACCAUUAGCAAGCAAGAGGAGGCCGAGCAAGAGAUUGAUCAUCAGAAGGAGAUUGAUGAAUUGGAGGCAGAUAAUGAUUUGUCUGUGGAACAGUUGCUGGCGAAAUAUAAAUCGGGUAAACUUAGGGAUGAGCAACAAUCGCCCAGCGCUAAGCGGCGGAAAAUGGCUGUGGAGACCUCGGAGCAAGAUUCUGAUGAUGAGUCAACGGCGGUAGAAGAUACUACCGAUGACAGUGAUGACAUGGAUGAUGCUAGUGAUGAUGAGGAGCUGUCAACCAUUAAAACCGAUAGCGAACUUGAGCAAGAAGCUGACGAAAAAGAUGAUGGUCUCAAAAGUCUGCUAACAGAUGUUGGUGAUGCUGCCGGCGCUAGCAAAACCGCUAGCAGCAAGGACAACAAGGAUGACAUGCUGAAUGAUGCAGCCGCUUUGGCUGAGAGUCUCCAGCCCAAAGGCAAUACAUUGUCCUCCACCAAUGUGGUGACACCUGUGCCGUUCCUGCUUAAGCAUACGCUACGUGAAUACCAGCACAUUGGUCUGGAUUGGCUGGUGACAAUGAAUGAACGCAAACUCAAUGGCAUUCUGGCCGAUGAGAUGGGUCUAGGCAAAACCAUUCAGACUAUAGCGCUGCUAGCGCAUUUGGCCUGCGCUAAAGGCAAUUGGGGACCACAUUUGAUAGUGGUGCCCUCAUCUGUGAUGCUCAACUGGGAGAUGGAGUUCAAGAAAUGGUGUCCCGGCUUCAAAAUACUCACCUACUAUGGCACGCAAAAAGAGCGCAAGCUGAAGCGUGUUGGCUGGACGAAGCCGAAUGCGUUCCAUGUCUGUAUUACUUCCUACAAGCUUGUCGUGCAGGAUCAGCAAAGUUUUCGACGCAAGAAAUGGAAAUAUCUCAUAUUGGAUGAGGCGCAAAAUAUUAAAAAUUUCAAAUCGCAGCGUUGGCAACUGCUACUCAAUUUCUCCACCGAAAGACGCCUGCUUUUGACUGGCACACCUUUGCAAAAUGAUCUGAUGGAGCUGUGGUCACUAAUGCACUUCCUCAUGCCGUAUGUGUUCUCCUCGCAUCGAGAGUUCAAGGAAUGGUUCUCAAAUCCAAUGACUGGCAUGAUCGAGGGCAAUAUGGAGUAUAACGAGACACUCAUAACGCGUUUGCACAAGGUUAUACGUCCAUUUCUGCUGCGUCGACUCAAGAAGGAAGUGGAGAAGCAAAUGCCAAAGAAGUACGAGCAUGUGGUCAUGUGCCGUCUAUCGAAUCGCCAGCGUUAUUUGUAUGAGGAUUUUAUGAGCCGCUCCAAAACGCGUGAAACAUUGCAAACGGGCAAUCUGCUGAGUGUAAUCAAUGUGUUAAUGCAACUGCGCAAGGUGUGCAAUCAUCCUAAUAUGUUCGAAGUGCGUCCAACGAUAUCGCCAUUUCAAAUGGAGGGCAUUACCUAUCAUACGCCGCGGCUGAUAAGUGAUAUAUUGGAGUAUGAUCCGUUCACGCAAAUCGAUUUGAGCAGCGUCAACAUGAUGCUGCUGCAGCUUGAGCAAACGCUGACUGCGUAUGUUUCGCACAAGUCGCGCCUGCUGUCGCCGCCACGCAAGCUGAUUGAGGAGAUCGAUAGUGCACCCAUGCCACCGCCACGUUGUCCCAAUGGCAAAUAUCGUUUUCACAUACGCGUGCGUAGCGCUGAAUUGGCGCAGCGCAUAAAGCUGCAGGCGGUGCGCGUGGGCGCAAGUCCUGCCAUGAGACUCGACGGCAGCAAGCUGGUGCCCAUGCGCAGUCUGUUGCCCAGUGGGCGUGUGCUGAAGCGUGUCACCGGCAGUAUUAAUCCCAUCAACAUGGCAUUAAAACCCAUGAUAAUCAAUAGUCUGAUAAGCAGUCCAACGACGUCUAGCAGCGGCGCCGGAAGCAACAGCAGCAGUAGCAGCAGCAGCUUGAAUAUGCUGGGUGCUGGCAGUGGCAAGUUGUUGAACACGCGUGCGACCAUUGGCUCGCCCACGCCUGCCAAAGUGGCCAAGACUAUGCAGGAUGGCAAACCGUUCUUCUAUUUAACGCCGGCCACCAAUACAGGCGCACCCUUCGCUCGCUUGACGUUAACAAGCAAAACAACAGCAACAACGGCAACUGCGACAGCGACGGCGACUGGAAUAACAACAGCAAGCACUAGCAGAUCAACUGAUGCACAGCCCAACAAGGAUGUUGCCAUUGUUAAAGAUCUGGCCACGCAUGUGAAGCUUGCAGCAUCGCAGCGAAAGCAAAAUGGCAGCGAAGCAGAUGCUGCAGCCACGCCGCGUGAAGAGGAUCCAUAUCGGUUGCAACAACUGCUUCAGCAGCGCAAGGAGCAACGCUUGGCUUCGCUUAAGCGCAUGGCUGCCGUUAAUCGUCGACGCGGCGAUGCCACGCCCAUUUAUGGCGCCGAUUGCCGAGAGACUUUGGAACACUGCAUGCAGGCCACGCGCACAUUGCGCUACUCCAACUGGCAGACACGUGGUUAUACCAAUUGCUGCGUUGCUAUGCGCCAGCGCAAUGACAAUUGGUCCUUGAAUCUGUUGCUGAAAAACUACGAGCAGCGCUGCUCCGAGCUGAUGCCCAUCUUUGGCAACUUUGUUAUUUAUGUGCCGUCGGUUUGUGCGCCGCGCAUACGUCGCUAUGUGCAACAUUUGUGCUGCACGCACUGGCAGCGUGAGCAGCAGAUUGAGGAAAUUGUCCAGCAAUCAGUAUCACCCAAGCUGGCGCUACUGCAUCCCAUAAUAUCGGCCAUGCGCACACAGUUUCCCGAUCCGCGGCUCAUCCAAUACGAUUGCGGCAAGCUGCAGACCUUGGAUCGCUUGCUGCGUCAACUGAAAGUCGACGGACAUCGUGUGCUCAUCUUUACGCAGAUGACCAAAAUGCUGGAUGUGCUUGAGGCGUUUCUCAACUAUCAUGGACACAUUUAUUUGCGUCUGGAUGGGUCCACUCGCGUCGAGCAGCGUCAGAUGCAUAUGGAACGCUUCAAUGGCGAUAAGCGCAUCUUCUGCUUUAUACUCUCUACCCGUUCGGGUGGCGUGGGUAUUAAUUUAACUGGCGCCGAUACUGUCAUAUUCUAUGAUUCGGACUGGAAUCCUACAAUGGACGCGCAGGCACAAGAUCGUUGCCAUCGCAUUGGCCAAACGCGUGAUGUGCACAUUUAUCGCUUGGUGUCGGAAAAGACCAUCGAGGUGAACAUUUUGAAGAAGGCCAACCAGAAGCGCAUGCUCAGUGAUAUGGCCAUCGAAGGCGGCAAUUUUACGACCACCUUCUUUAAGAGCUCCACCAUCAAGGAUUUGUUUAACAUGGAGCCACAAGCCGAGGAGAAGGAUAAGACUAUUGUGCCAGCCGAAGUGGAGACAACGCCCGAGGUGGAGACAACGGAGAAGCAAUCAUUGCGCGCCUUUGAGCAUGCGCUUGCCGCCGCCGAGGAUGAACAGGAUGUGCAGGCAACUAAGACCGCCAAAGCAGAGGCCGCUGCCGAUCUUGCCGAGUUUGAUGAGAACAUACCCAUUGUGGAUGAUGCUAACACCGAUGGUCCGGCUGUUGAGCUCAGCAAAGCCGACAUGGAAAUGCAGAAUCUGGUCAAGCAGCUUUCUCCCAUUGAGCGAUACGCCAUGCGAUUUGUGGAAGCCACUGGAGCUGCCUGGACUGCCGAACAGUUGCGCGCAGCUGAGGCGGAGCUGGAAGCUCAAAAACGCGAAUGGGAGGCAAAUCGCUUGGCGGCCAUGCAGCAGGAGGAGCAGCUGCUCAAACAGGAAUCGGAGGCCGAUGAGAUCUUGACGUACAGCCGCAAGGAUGCCAGCAAUCAGGUCUGGAUAUCGCGUAAUUCCAUGGAACAGAUGCCGAUGUGGUGUCCGCCAACGCCGCCGCAGGACAACAACGAUAUCUAUAUAGAUCAUUCGCUGGCAUUCAUGUACGACCUGGAGCCCAUACCAGAGACGGAGCUGCCGGCCGUCUAUGUGCGUCGCGAGCUGAAGCGUUCGCGCCUCGACGCUGGCUUCGAUGGCAGUCGGCGACCCAACAAGAUGCGCAGGGAGGACACCUAUGUGCCGCCACGUUCGCUGUUCGAUCGGCCCACCGCACAGCUGGCGCGACUGCGACGCGAGCUGAAGAGUCAACGCUUCCGCGGCAACUUCAAGCCCAACUCCAUGAUACCGGGUUUGAAGCCACAGGUGGCGCCCAAGCCGCUCACCGAGCCCGAGGCCAUGAGCGAGUGGUGUCUGUUCGAGGACAUUGCCAUACUGCAUGUGCUUAUCAAUCUGCAGGGACUGCCCUGCAGUCUAAUGCUGCUGUCACCUGGCCAAACACCCAACUGGGAUUUGGUCUCGGAGAUGGUCAACUUCUGCUCCAAGACGUAUCGCUCCGCACGGCAGUGCCGUUGGCGCUACGAGACGCACAUACAGCCACGCGAGGAGGGCAAAGUGGUGGAGAGUCCCAAGAAGCAGAAGAAACUCAAACCCACGCUGCGCACCGAGUACAUGAAGAGUCCGCUGCGCUAUCUGCGCACCACCCAGCUCUAUGCCAGCGACAACAACGCCUCGUUCUAUAAGGUGAUGCGACAGCGCUUCGAUACCAUAAAGACCGCGUAUCUGAAGAAGGCGCCGCCGCCCAAGCGUCAGUUCAAUGCGCCCAGCCUGAUGAAUCCCAAGCAUAUGGAGGUGCUGCAGGAGUUUGGCAUCUGCAAUUACGACCAGCCCGUAACGCCGCAGAAUAUAGCGGUGAUGAAGGCCAACAAGUUGCGUGAGAAGCAGCGCGGGCAGCUGCCAGCCAUGGCACAGCAACCACAAGCAAGCAAUCAGCAGCAGCAGCAACAACAACAACAGCAGCAGCAGCAACCAGUGCAGCAAAUGCAACAACAGCAGCAGCAGCAACAACAAACGCAACCGUUGCCUACCAUAGGCUCAGUGCAGCAAGCUGUGGAGCUCGUGUCGAAUCUGAGCACACCAGCUACAGUUGCUACUGUGCCCGCCAGCAACACAGCGCAGCAGCAGCUGCAACAGCUGCAAAUCCAGCAUGUUACACCCACACAACAAACCGCCAUAUUGUUGCAGCAACAGCCACAGCAGCAGCAGCAGCAACAACAGCAGCAGCAGCAGUUGCGCACUCAGAGCAACACCACGCAACAACUGGUCAAGACUAUUGUGGGCACCACUGCCAAUUUAACAGCUGGACAGCUGCAGCAGCUUGCGGCUGCCAGCAAUGCCGGCGGCAGUGUGCAACUGCAGCAAUCGUCCGGCGGUCAGUCCAGCGUGAGCGUGGUGCUCACCACGCCGGUGCAGACAUUGCCGCUGGCCACGCACAGUCAAGGCGGCAGCACAGCUCAAAUUGUGGCCAUCAGCACGCAAACAACGCUGCCCGUGAACACAGCUCCCCAGCUGGGCAGCAUAGUGCAAACCCAAACGUUGCCGCAGGUGGUCUCAGUGGGUCCCUUGACGCAAACCACGACGAGCGUGCAACAGCAGCAGCAGCAGCACCAGGGCAACACUGUUGCCACCCUGAACACGGCCAUUUUGCGUGGUCCACGCUCAGUGCAAGCGAUUGUGGCUGCAGCCUCAGCCGGCGGCACGCCAUUGCAUACGGAUGUGGUGCUGCAGCAGCGCGGCAAUGCUGGCGGUCAAUCCAUUGUCACCAUGCCCGCUCUUGGACAGAAUGUAAGUGCAGCGCAGUUCCAGACGCAGCUGCGCCUGGCUGCGGUCUCUGCCGCCAACAGCAACCAGACCACACAGCUGGUCACCACCAAGGGCAUACCGGUGAGCGCGCUGCAGCAGAGCGGCAAGACGGUGCUGCCGGGCACGCAGCAGCCAGGAGCGCAUAUACAACUGUAUCGCCAGCGUAAUCUGAAAGUGUUGCAGGCUACGCAAGCGGCGGCAGCAGGUGGCGCAGCAACUGCUGGCGGCGGCACAGGCAAUCUGAGCUCCACUGUAGUGCAGACAACAGGUGGCACUUUGGCACCCGGCACCAUCAUACAGACCAGCAAUCUGAUGCAAGCGCAGACGCAUGUCAGCAGCCAAAAGGUGGCCGUGUCGGGCAUGGCGGGCGCCACCACCGUGCAGGCGGGCAAUGUGGUCAGCUCGGUGCAGAUGCACGGACAGCCCAGAACGCAGUUCAUCAAGCAAAUGACCGCUGGCAAGCAGACGCUGCAGCGCCAGGUGCUGGCCACUGAAGCUGGCGGCAGCGGCGGCGCAGGCACCACCGAUGGCAUGCUGCUGGUCAAGCGGCAUAACAUUCUGGCGGCGCAAAAGGCGCAGCAGGCAACCGGACCACUGUUCACCACUACAACGACAACCACCAGCGGCGGUGUUGCUGUGCAGCAGCAGCAACAGCAAUUGCCUGUGGCACAGCAGCUGCAAACGCAGCAGGUGACGCCGCAGCAGAUUGCGUCGCUGGUUAAAGCCUCCACAGCGGCGGCGGCUAGCGGCAGCAGCGUCAAUGCAGGCGGCGUAACAGUGUCCGCCACCGGACCGCCCAAUGUGCAAGCGGGCAGCGUUAACAUGACGCUGCCGCAGCUAAAGCCGGGCAGUCAGAUUAAGGUAACGAUGCCCAAUCAAAUGCGACAUCUGCAGAUGCAGCAGCAACUGGGCAUGCCACGCAAAAUCAGCCGCAUGACGCAGCUGGUGAGCGCCUCGGGCCAGCCCACUGCCACCAACAUUGUGGCCAGCACUACAGUCGCGCAGCAGCAGCAGCAACAGACGCAAGGCGGCGUGACGCUCUCGCCGGCAACACAGCAGCAGCAGCAACAGCAGAAGGCCACAGCGGGCAGCGUGCAGGCGCAACUGUUGCACAUACAGAACACCAAAGCGCUGCAGAUACAGCAAGUGAUGCGCGGCGGACAACAGACGGGCCUGGUGCUGGGCAAGACCAGUGUGGGGCGCGUCAUACCCGUUUCCGUUGCCUCGCAGGCGAAUCAGCGUCAGACCAUACAGGUGGUGUCGGCUGCAUCUGCGCAAGCUUUGGCUGCCGGCAAUUUGCGUGCGGGCCAGAAUAUUGCCAACUUGAAGGUGGCCACCACAUCGGGCGGACAGACAACGCAACAGACGCUUAUUGCAGCGCUGCAGCAGAAUCAGCGACAGAAUGCGAGUCCAGUGCGUCUGCAGACAGCCAGUGGCAAUUUGUUGGCAGUGGUGCAACAGCAGCAGCAGCAACAACAACAACAGCAGCAGCAGCAACUUACCAGCAUUGCCACAACGGGUGAAGUGAUGACUAUAACACAAACCACAGCCACAUUGCCCACAGUGAGCAGCUUGCAACAGCAACAACAACAACAACAGCAGCAGCAGCAACAACCUACAACGCAACAGGUACGCACGCUGGUGAAGAAAAAGAUUCUGAUCAGAAGUGAGAAAGAAUAACAUUUAAUGAACGUCACU